AUGCUGCUGCGUCCAGCGCUGGCAGCGCAGCUGCUGCUGUUCACGGCGCUAGUGGCAGCCUGCCCCGCGCUGCACACGGUGCCCACAGGAUUGCAACAACCAGCGGCGGACCUGGAGUUCCGGCCGGCGCCCGCAGACCAGGCCAUCGUCGUGGCCAGCGAGCGGGAGCUGCGGGCGGCGCUGGCGGGCGGCGACCUGGGCUGGCGCGACCGGCGCGUGGUGCAGCUGACGGCCGACAUCCAGCUCAGCGCCCCGCUGGCCAUCACCACGCCCGUCCGCCUGCAGGGCAACUGCGCGGCCGCCGCCGGCGGCAGCCGCUGCUGCGUGCUGGCCGGCGGCGGCGACGCCGCCCGCCCGCUGCCGCUGCUGCACGUCAGCGGCCCCGCGGCGCUCGUCGAGCUGGCCUGCCUCGAGCUGAUGGGCGGCGUGGGGGAGGGCAGCCUGGCGGGCGCCCUCACCGCCUCCAACCAUUCCAUGGUCGAGCUGGUGGGCGUUCGGCUGACGGGGAACGCGGCCGACAGCGGCGGCGCGGCGCGUGUGGAUUCCCACGCAACCCUCACCCUGACAGGCUGCGAGGUGGUGGGCAACACGGCGCAGCAAGCUGGCGGCGGCGUCUUUUCCCACAGCGGCACGCUGCGCCUGCGCCGCACCGCCCUGUACGGCAAUGCUGCGGCCGAGGGCGGCGGCGUCAGCCUGUCCGGCGGCUCCCGCCUGACCGCCUCGCGCUGCCGCCUGGGCGGCAACCGCCUGGCCGGCGGCGGCGGCGGGCCGGGCGCGGGCGCAGACCUGCUUCUGACUGACGGCGAGCACAGCGCUGCCUACCUGGAGCCUCUACCAGAGGCCGGGGAGCUGUCUGCGCGCGGCGGCGAGCUGCGCCGCCUCUCCCUGCUGGCAGAGCCUGCAGAGGGCGCAGACCCCUCGCAGCUGCACCAGGUGUGGGAGGGUGAGGAGGAGCGGCGGCAGGCGCAGGAGCGGCCGGCGGCGGCGGCGGCGGCGGCGGCCACGCGCCAGCUGGGCCACCCCACAGCCGACGAGGCUGGCGAGGCGCAGCGGCGGCAAGGGAUGGGCGCCGACGAGCGUGUUGUGAGCGAGUGGAUGGAGGCUGUACACCGGCGGGACCAGGAGGCGCCGGCCGGCCGGGCGGUGGCCGCCAGCCAGGAGCAGCCGCGGCGCAGCCGCAAGCUCAAGCAGGCCUACACCGUGAGCGUCACCACCGAGAAGGAGCUGGCCGAGGCGAUCAUGAACAAGGAGCGCUUCAUCCGACUGGACGCACACAUCGGGCUGACGGGGGCAUACAAGGGCCUGCAGUCUGUGCUGCCCGCCGUCAAGGCCUCGGUCACCAUCACCGGAAACUGCAACGACGACAUCUUUGGCGGGCGAUGCCUGCUGGACGGCAAGGCGCUGGGCCGCAUCCUGCACGUCGACAACGCCGUCUUCAUGCCCUCCUUCUUCGUCACCCUGGAGAACAUUCGGUUCACGGGGGGCGCCGCGCAGGGCCUGGGCGGCGCCUUCUGGAACCAGGGCCGCAUCCAGGCGGAGUUUGAAAACUGCCAGUUUGUGUCCAACUCAGCCAUCAACGGCGCGGGAGCGGUGGCGCUGCAGGACGGCGCCAUCGGCCUCUUCAACAAGAUCCUGUUCCAGGGCAACUCGGCGCAGUACGGCGCGGGCGGCGCCGCCUACCUCACCUCCAACGCCGGCUUCACGGCGGUGGAGUUCCAGAGCAACGCGGCGCCCAGCGGUGGCGCGGUGGCGGUGGGCCAGUCCUCCACCGGCAUCUACUUUAAUGGGUGCACCUUCAAUGGCAACAAGGCGGAUGUGUUUGGCAACGACAUCUACAUGGAGAGCUGGGUGGCGACGCCCGCGUACUUCAACCCGUACCCCACCUCCGCACAGGUGUACCCCGAGUCCGUGGUGGCCCCCUACUCCGCCACAUCGUGGCCCUCCUACCCCCUCUACACCUCGCCGCCGCCCUCGCCGCCCGCGCCGCCGCGGCCGCCGCCGCCCUCCCCGCCCGCGCCCCCCAACCCGGCCUCCUGGGUCUACACCGAGGACCAGCUGUGGGAUGCGCUGGCUGCGGGCAACUCCACAAUCACCCUGGGCGCCCACAUACAGGUGGUCUCCGUGCUGGGUGCCUCCAACAUCCGCUUCACCAACUGUGCCUUUGGGGUCAACUGGGCAGAUGGCAUGGGUGGCGCGGUCAAGACGGUCGGCGCCAACGUGACCUUCGCCAAGUCCACCUUCUACCAGAACAGGGCGUCCACAGGCGGCGCCAUAGGCAUGGGCCCUAUGUCCAACAUCGUGCUGCUUUCCACCAAUUUCAGGUGUGUGCGGGGGUGUGGGGAGGUGGUGGGGCGCUUAACAGUGCGGCCGGUGGCGGCGGCGCUUUCUUCCCUCGUCAUCAUCACCGACAACCUGGCCUCCAAGUCCUCUGCCGACGGGCGCUGGGGGGACGACAUCUUCAUCGCCGCGCCGGCCGGCUCCUCCAUCGCGCUCAACCAGCUGCCACCAGAGUCGGUUGCCGCCAUCUACCCGCGCGCCUCCAACACGCUGCAGUACAGCGUACCGCCUCCAGCCCCCGCCCCGCCGCCCAUCUACGCACCGCCCUUCCAGCGCCCUCCCUUCCCGGCGCCGGUGCCUCAGCCGCCCGCCCGCGUGCGCGCACCUCCUCCCAACCCGCCCUCGCCGCCGCCGCGGCCGCCGCCGGGGCCUCCCACGCCGCCGCUGGGGCCCUACCUCAAGAGCACACCCAUCAUGUGGGCGCCCAUCGUCCUCACCGCCGGGCUGGUGGGCAUGCUGCUCCUGUUCCUGCUGGCCCUCUGCUGCCACAAGCGCCUGCUGCCCAAGCUGGAGAAGGUGGGGCGCGGUUGGCGCCGGCUGCCGCUGGCUGCUGCUGCCGCCGCGGAUGACGUGAUGCGGGUGCAUGCAGGGCUCAGCGCGGCGCUGCGUGCGGCGCUGCCCGACCGCGGCAGCUGGCUGCUCAUCUGCUACAAGCCAGACAUCUACACCACCCUGGGCAUCUAUCACGCUAGGCCGCAGACCAACCCCUGGAAGAUCAAGCCCACCAUCUUCGCCAAGAAGCUGUGA